AUGGGGAAGAAACUGGAUCUUUCCAAGCUGACUGAUGCAGAGGCCAAGCACAUCUGGGAAGUCAUCCAGCGGGACUUUGAUCUUCGGAGAAAAGAAGAGGAAAGAUUACAGGAUCUGAAGGGCAAGGUCAAGAAGGAGAGCUCCAAGCGGGAGCUGCUGUCGGACUCGGCCCACCUGAAGGAGACCCACUGUGCGCACUGCCUGCAGCCCUACCGGUUUCUGGUCACCAGCAGGAGACAGUGUCUCGACUGCCAGCUCUUCACCUGCAGGGCCUGUGGGGGCUCUCACCCCUCGGGCCAGGGCUGGCUCUGUGACCCCUGCCGCCUGGCCCGAGUCGUCAAGGUCGGCUCCAUGGAGUGGUACUAUGAGCACGUGUGGGCCCGUUUCAAGCGCUUUGGGAGUGCCAAGGUGGUCCGGUCCCUGUCCUGGCGGCUGCAGGCUGGAGGCGGCUCUGAGCAGAUCCUGGGUGAGAGCAAUGGAGACAGUGAGCAGACUGACGAGGACGGAGAGCUGGACACAGUGCCCCAGGCCCAGCCCAGUGGCCACAAAAAGAAGCGCCUCCUCACCAUCCAGGACCUGGACCUGGAGGCCGACUCGGACGACUCUGCUCAGGCCCACCAUCAAGCCCCCCACCUGUGCUCCAUUCCAACAGCUGCAGACAGUACACAAGGGCCCGGGGAGGGUGUGCACGGUGAUGCAGACUUGGAGGAGGAGACACUGAGGAGGAAGCUGGAGGAGCUGACCAGCAACAUCAGUGACCACGGUGCCUCCUCUGAGGAAGAGCAGGGCCAGGGUGCAGCAGCUGAGUCAGACAGGAGCAGCUCCAGGGCGGGCCUCCCAGGAGAGGCCCCAGAGAUGUGCCCCGCUGCAAAACAGACAGAUAGGUGGGAGGCAGAUCUUCAGAACCAUGUCCAGUGCCCCAGGACCACAUAUGAAGAGCUAUCAGUACUAGAAGACAGAGUGGCCAUGACGGCCUCUGAAGUCCAGCAGACAGAGAGCGAGGUUUCACACAUCGAGUCCAGGAUUGCUGCUUUGCAGGCUGCAGGGCUCACAGUGAAACCUUCUGGAAAGCCCCGAAGGAAGUCCAACAUCCCUGUAUUCCUUCCUCGACUUGUUGGAAAACUUGGCCAGAACCCCGAGGAUCCAAAUCCAGACCUUUCAGAUGAGUUUGAGGUUGCUCCUACGCCAUACGUUCUGAAGAGGAAGGUGAGCUACACUUCUAGAAGUCCAGGAAGUGACGAGGAAUCCUUCUCCCGGAACUCCAUGUACCGAGGUUCCCUGACGCAGAGGAACCCCAAUGGGAGAAAGGGGAAAGCUGACCACGUCUUUGCGAAACCCGUGAUGACCCACCAGCCCUAA